AUGGUAAUGAUGCAGAAUGCUGAUGUGUUUAAAAUGGUGGUUGAAGAGGUUUGGGAAAUGGGAUUUGAUCCUGUAAAAAGUCAUUUUAUUAGCGCGUGUCAAGUAAAAUUUGGAUUGAGCGAAGCAAUGUGGAAGAGGAAAUGGGAUUGUUUUAAGAAGUGGGGUUGGUCAGAUAAUGCGAUUCAUUCUGCUUUAAUGAAGCAGCCUAAUAUUAUGGCAGUUUCGCAGAAGAAGGUAGAAAAGGUGAUGGAUUUUUUGGUUAACGAAAUGAAAUGGGAGAUAUUAAAGGUUGCAUCUUGUCCUAAUGUUGUUAUGCAUAGCUUCGAGAACUGGACUAAGCCACGGUGUUUGCUUAUUCAAUUUUUAUUGUCAAAAGGGGCGGUAAAAAAGGACUUUGCCUUAACUACGGUUAUAGUAUCAGUUGAAAGUCAAUUUGUAGAAAAAUAUGUAAAGAAAUACUGUGCAGAAUUUCCUGAAGUGCUAGAAUUGUAUGCAAGUUUAAGUUUACAGAAGAACACCCAAGCAGCAGGUCAAGUGAGUUUGUAA